AUGCCUUCAUUGACUACAUUUGCGCUGGUUUCACUGGCCUUCACCAUCACAUAUUUUCUUACAAUACUAGCGUUAAUAUUACCAAAUUGGUUAGUAUUUGAUGUCAAACCUUGGCUCAGGAUCAAUUAUGGUUUAUUUAGGAAAUGUUCAGCGUUAACAACGGAAUGUCAUCCAUUCCCAUCCAGAAGAGAUGGUGACUGUGAUGAAGCAAAUUUCUGUGAACAGUGGACAGUCGCCGGAUUUGCUAUGCUCUUUGCGGUGAUUAUUGGUGGAGCAACGUGGUUCUUUUUGUUAGUCGCGUUAAUAGGUGGCAGAAGACGCCGUGAAAACUUAUGGACUUCUUUGUCGAUGUUGAUGCCUGCUUCCAAUUUCUGGCAAUUGGUUUGA